AUGAGUUCUGGUAUUGGAAGUUUAGUGAAAGUCAUCUUUAAGAACUUCGACGUCAUCGCUGGACCUAUUAUUAGCUUGGUUUAUCCUCUAUACGCAUCAGUGAGGGCAAUAGAGUCGAGAACCGGUAGAGACGACAAACAAUGGCUCACUUAUUGGGCUCUUUAUUCACUUAUCAAACUCUUUGAGCUAACUUUCUACGGACUCCUCGAAUGGAUUCCAAUAUGGCCAUACGCCAAGCUAGCACUAACGUGUUGGUUGGUGUUACCGGGCUUAAGCGGCGCUGCUUAUCUUUAUGAGAACUAUGUGCGUUCGUUUCUUUUAAGGCCACAUAAUGUUAAUAUAUGGUAUGUGCCUGCUAAGAAGGACGAAGACGACUUACCAGCAGCUGCUGGAAAAUUUACUCCGGUAAAUGAUUCUGGUGAGCCUACAGAGAAGCUUGUUAGCUCGGUGGAUACAUCAGCCAAAUAUGUUGGUCACUCGGCCUUUGAUGAUACAUAUGUCUACUAG